AUGUCUCCCAACUGUACGGCGGUCGACGCGACAUUUGGCCCCUUGGCGGACCCUGCGUGCCGCAGCCAAGAUUUCACCCUGUAUUUCGAGCAGGCCAUCUUUGCGCUGGUGCCCGCCGCAAUCUUCUCCGUUGUGUUCCCGGCCCGUAUUUCAGUCCUCGCGAGAGCAAAAACGGCCGCUCGGCCAAGUUGGCUGCGUUCUGGCAAACUGGCAAUUGCUGGCACCAUUGCGUGUUUAGAGCUGUCUCUAAUCGUCUCAUGGAGUCUAGAUAACAAUGUCAAGACCCCCGUCUCAAUUGCGGCCGCAACUGUCAAUCUUUUGGUCACCCUGCAGUUGAUCACCCUGUCGUGGAUCGAGGAUGCCCGCUCCGUGCGGCCCUCAACUUUGCUCAGUCUGUACCUCGUCAUCACAGCCCUGCUCGACCUGCCCCAAGUGCGCACACUGUGGCUGCGUGGGAGCCUCGACGCUGCCGCCGGUCUAACCACUGCAGCAGUGGCUUUCAAAACCUUGUUCCUCGUCGUAGAGAACAUAGGCAAACGGGCGCAGCUUCUUCCCGCGCACCAGACUUUGCCUCCCGAAGCCACAAGUGGCAUUGUCAACCGGAGUUUUUUAUGGUGGAUCAACGAUACUUUUCGCCGCGGCUUUCGCAAAGCCCUCGCCGUUGAAGACUUGGAUCGCCUGGACGAAGCGCUGCUCUCAGAAGGGCUAUAUGAAGCCAUUGAUCGCACCUGGGCAUCUCGGAGACAGCCUGAGCGUAGACUGGAGUUCCCCAUCGCGGUAGCUCGCGCAGUCAUCUUUGACUUUCUUGCGAUCGUGCCUCCUCGCCUCUGUCUUAUCGGCUUCAUUUUCGCCCAACCAUAUCUCUUCCACACGAUCCUAUCCCUGUUGACAAACGAUGCCGUCACGUUAACCUCGACCGACUGCUAUGGGCUGGUGGGAGCAACUGCAAUAGUCUACAUAGGCCUGGCUGUUCUGCGUUUGAACUACAACCAAAAAGUCAACCGCUUCAAAGUAAUGUUCCGCGGCGCUUCAGUCGGCCUCAUCUACGACAAAGCUUUACAGACUCGCGACGGCGUCUACGAUGAAUCUGCCGCCGUCACGCUGAUGAGUACUGAUGUGGAUCAGAUUACCGAGUGUUUGACGGAGUUGAACGAGUGCUGGGCGCGUGCCAUCGAAGUGGCACUAGGAGUAUCGAUGCUGGCGAAGCAGCUCGGUUGGGUUUGCGUCAUGCCGCUUGCCCUCGUCAUCGUUGCCUUUCUUGGCGCCAAGCAAAUCGCAUCUGGAAUUGGUAACAGCCAAAAAGUUUGGGUUGACGCAGUGCAGAAGCGUAUUGCAAUCACGAGCUCCAUGCUCCUCAACAUCCGCUCUAUUCGAAUGACGGGCCUCAGCAAAAUUACCAUGGAUCGCAUUCAGCAAGAGCGAGUCCAUGAAACGGACAAAAUGUCAAAGUUUCGUUGGUAUAUUGUCUGGCAGAAUACGGUGCAAAAUGUCCCUUGGGCACUUGCGCCGGCUGUUACGUUUGCCGUGGUCGCGCUUAGCAAGCCCGAGUCUCUCGACACUGCGAAAAUAUUUACGAGCUUGUCCAUAAUUACACUCUUAACGGAUCCUGCCGCGAAACUUCUGAGCGCCGUCCCUGCAACAGCAUCCAGUCUUGGCUGCAUAGACAGAAUUCAAGCAUUCCUUCUUUCCAAGCCAAGGAAAGAUUACAGGCGGCUCCUCAGGGCCCAGAACGUGCCUUCUACCAGCUUUGGCUCACAAGACGCGUCACGAGGUGAUACUUCUGGUGUAGAACUACAGCCGCUGCCGGCUGCAGAACUUGGGGGGAGCAGAUCAGAAACCCUGGCUGUGCACUUUAAAGACGUUUUUGCACGACCAGCCGGAUCAGACAAAACGAUUUUGCAUGACGUGAGCUUCUCGAUAAUACCUGGAUCGGUAACUGCUGUAAUCGGUAGUGUUGCGUCAGGUAAAUCUACGCUGCUAAAGUCUAUCAUUGGUGAAGCAGAGCUGGAGCGAGGAGCAGUUUCGGUGCAGGACCAAUCAGUUGCUUAUUGCUCGCAGUCGCCGUGGCUACCCGACACGACUGUCAAAAAAGCAAUAUAUGGGCAUUUGAGAAACGGCGGGGUGAUUGACAAAGAGCUGUACGAAGAAGUCAUUGAAGUAUGUGCUCUCAAGCAUGAUCUCUCACUCCUCCCGGAGGGCGACAAUGCGCAGAUUGGAAGCAGUGGCGGGAUUCUCAGUGGCGGGCAGAAGCAGAGGGUAUCGCUGGCCCGAGCAUUAUUUUCCUGUCCCAAUCUGCUCGUGCUGGAUGAUUUUGUCAGUGCCAUUGAUGGAAAGACUCGAAAGCACAUUGUGCAGAAGCUCUUUGGCCCGACCGGCUUUCUCAAGCAGCACGGCUGCACCGUCAUUUUCGCGACGCACGCCACAUCGCUUCUCCAGCAUAGCGACAAGGUCCUAAAACUUUCAGCUGGUCGAUUGGAGCGGGAUGGAACUUAUGAGCAGCUCAUUCGCACUGGUGCUAUCCAAGAGGUGUCUGAGACGGCGGCCGAGGACGGCAAUAAUGCUGAAAAGCCCAAGGAAUCUGAGAUUUCUGCCAUGUCGGAGAACGUGGCCGAGGCAAACGAGAAAGCCGAUUUGCGACGCCGUGUUGGCGACUUGGAGGUCUACAGAUACUACUUCAAGUCCAUUGGCUGGUUCAAGUUUUCCACGUUUGUUGGCUUCGCCGCUGUCCACGUUUUUGCAGUGACAUUUACUUAUCUCUGGCUGAAUUGGUGGAUCAAUGGAAAAGGCGCCCGGACAACGCUUUUUGCCGUCAUCUAUCUGCUACUUGGUGUACUCAAUGUUCUUGGUAUCGCGGGUUAUGCUUGGUCAAUGUUGAUCCAAAUUACACCGUCGGUGGCGCGGCAUUUUCACCAUGUUUUAUUAAAAACAGUUAUGCAUGCACCUCAGCCAUUCUUCACGGCCACGCCAGCAGGCGACACGCUGAAUCGUUUCAGCCAGGACAUGUCCCUUGUAGAAACGCCGCUAGCUACUGGAACGUUGGUAACAGUCACGAACCUUCUAGGUGCUGCGGCAGAGGCAGCUCUGAUCGCAACGGGGUCACCCUACAUGGCGGUCACCGUUCCGUUCCUCAUCGCUGCUGUGUACGUGUUGCAAAAGGUGUACCUUCGGACGUCGCAACAGCUUCGACUUAUGGAGCUCGAGACUCGCGGGCCCUUGUACGCUAACUUCCUCGAGACACUUGAUGGCGUGUCCACGAUUCGCGCAUUUGGCUGGGGGUUGGAUUGCCAAAAGCAAUGCCAAGCACUUCUUGACAGAUCGCAGCGCCCAAAUUAUUUGUUGAUGUGCAUACAGACGUGGCUGAACAUGGUGCUUGAUCUCAUCGUGGCUGCCGAGGCGACAAUUGUGGUGCUGCUGGCUCUACUAUUGAGGUCCUCCACCAACCCCGCUCUCCUCGGUGUAUCCCUGAAUAAUAUUCUCUCUUUCAAUGCAAGCCUGGCGUCCGUCAUUGGCGGGUGGACGCUGUUUGAGACGUCGCUUGGUGCCAUUGCGCGGCUUCGGUCGUUUGAACAGAAUGUCAAGCCAGAGGACAGACCGGGUGAAGUGUGCAAGCCUCCAGCGUCGUGGCCGGCUGAGGGGAAAAUCGAGAUGCGUGGCGUGGCUGCAUCGCACAGGCCUGGCUCGGUUGGUGUCGAGGACACCAGCCUCGACAUUGAAGCAGGCCUGAAAAUUGGCAUCUGCGGCCGAACCGGAAGUGGCAAGAGCUCUCUUGUGGCUACGUUUGCGCGGCUGCUCGAGAUUGACCAUGGUGUCAUCAAGAUCGAUGGGUACGACCUGGCCACGAUACCGCGAAAUAUCAUAAGGGAGCGCCUGGUUGCGGUGCCGCAAGAUGCACCUGUCUUGAUUGGUACGCUGCGUUUCAACAUGGACCCUGCAGGCCAGCACCCCGACGCCGACAUGCAGGCGGUGCUGCGCCGGGUUGGCCUGUGGAGCUGUUUCGAGAACGAGGGCGGUCUCGACACCGAGGUGACGACGGCGUCGCUGUCCCAUGGACAACGGCAACUGCUGUCGAUUGCGCGGGCGGUACUCAAAGGCGGCAAGGUGGUGCUGCUGGAUGAGCCGACGAGCAGCGUCGACGUGGCGACAGACGGCGCGGUGCAGCGGGUGCUACGCGAGGCAUUCCGCGACUGCACGGUGAUUACAGUGGCCCAUCGCAUCAACACCAUCUAUCCCGGGUCCGACGUGGUGGUGGUCAUGGAGGGCGGGCAGGUGGCGGAGGUGGGCGUGCCGGAGGAGCUGGUGCGGCGGGACGAUGGGCAUUUUGCGCAAUUGGUGCGUGAUGCGAGCCAUUAA